GUCUAAUAAAAAUUCACCUACCGCGAUAGACCUGCCUAGCCAGUGGCGCAGUGUAUGCGAGCUGAUUGUUGUUUAUCUAUAAAGCCUUCCGAUGCGCAAGUUUACGUUAAGACAUAUUAUACAGUUUGUAUUAGGUCUACUAACAUUGACCAAGUAACAAAGCCUGGGCUCCGAGUGGCGUUGCCUGACGUUGUUCUUGGCCUUAGAUAAUGCCUACUUCUAUUCCAACUUCUCUCACCAUACACUGUUGUCGCAGUCUGAAGUUCUUGCAGCCGAUUUUGCACCAUCAACAAAACCAACACUAUAUUAAGUUAUGAGAUAUAUUAGAAAUACCCUUCGAUAUACUUAGUUCGUAAAUUAUACUAAGCAAUAUGUAUGGACGAGCCGAGCCACGUCAGCAGCCUGGUUACGCUUGUGAAGAAUGCCGUAAGAAAAAGCUUCGAUGCGACAGGCAACGGCCGCAAUGCGGUGCGUGUGCAAACGCCCAAAUUUCAUGCGAAGUCAACGACCGCCGUGCACCUCGUGGUCCCAAGAAGGGAAGCAUAGGCGCACUUCGAAAUCGUAUCAUGGCACUUGAGCGUCGUCUAUCCUCGUCACAAACAGAUGAUAACUUGGCUAGUGAAGGGCAUGAAUUCGGGUUACAAACCGAACCUCCAGCAAGAGAAAAUGUCACGACACAAUUUUCAGUACCAAAUUGGGAUAUGCCGCAUCAUGAACCACCGAAUGCACCAAUAUCUCUUCCAUGGGGGCCGCCGGAGACCUCUCCUCAUUCUCCGUUGGUGUUCUCCGACAUCCCGAUCUUACCUGCCGCCGCAGCGCCUUAUCCGUCGCCGAAACAGAGUCCUGAUUCAAUCAGCGAGGCCUUCGUACCGGACCUCACAAAAGCAGAGUUGAUACAGCUUUAUUUCGACCGCGUUCAUCCAAUCGUCCCAAUAUUGAAUAAAUCGAAAGCCUUCAAGUGGAUAAGUGAAGCGAACAAUAUAAGCGAGCCCCAGCAGUGCCUAUUACAUGCUAUGUGGACUUCCGCCACGGCGUUCUCGAGCCAGCUUGGCAGUUUUCAGGAUACUAUAUACGCCAAAACUCGAUAUAUGCUCGACCAGCUAGAUUCAAGUGGCAACGACCCCCUAGUAUGCCACAUUGAGCACAUCCAAGCGUGGAUACUGAUUACGUUCUACGAGUUCGCUAGGACAAACUACCGUCGUGGGUGGCUCAGUGCGGGAAGAGUCUUCCGUCUCGUGCAAUUCUCAAGGCUUUACGACCUUGAUAGUCCAAAGCCUUUAGCAUCAGACAGCGAGAAUGAUCCAAUCCUAUUGGAGGAGAAGAGGCGCACAUUCUGGGUGGCUUAUUGCCUGGACCGGUUUAUCAGCGUGAGUGAGGGGGCACCUAUGACAUUAAAUGAAGAAGUGGUUUGUACUCGCCUCCCAUGUAUAGACGGCGAUUUCCAGAGGGGGCUUGUACCACAAGAAUCCUUUUUGGGAGAAGCCAUGUCAUCUGCGGAUACGAGGCCCUAUGCUCCGUUAGCCGAAUGCGUCAUACUGGUCACAAUAUGCAGUCGAGCACUCUCGCAUAAGCAAAUCUAUACGAUAGAAACAUUGUAUAGCAACAUGCCUCUCGACUUUUCCUCGAGAUACAAUUGGCUAGAUGGCAUGCUGACGCGCCGACUUAACAAUCUGCAAGCCAACUAUCCUUCAUUCUCUGUUGCGGAAGACGCCAUGAUCAUCUUCGCAUACACAAUUGCACAUUCCGCUGUCAUAUACUUAUGUCGUAUUAUUGAGACACUUUCGAGAAAUGACCAAGAUCAGUCCCUCGUAUGGCAGUUUCAAGCACGGGGCCUCUGGGCAGCCCAGGAGAUUUCCCGACUCGCCAAAGAACACGACCAUUUUGGGUUUUUCAAAGCCCACACUUUUAUGCCAUUUACCAUCUACCUGAGUGCGGCUAGGCUUUCGAAGCACUUAGCUGCACAAAAAUGCGAGCUAGGAACCAAAGAUGUUAAGGAUGUAGAGAAGUCAUUCCGCACCUCUAUCGAGUCGUUGCAGAAGCUUCAAUCGGUGAAUAACCUUGCUAACUACUACUUACACCUCCUAUAGAAGGUAUGCAUGGCUGCGAGAUGUCGCGAUAUACAACGAUUUACAAACGGGAAUCUGGCGCUUCACUUUACUGCUCUAUUAUGAUCGAAGGGUCGCGACCUAAUAAACUUACGUUGAGAAAUAGAAACGAACACAUUCGAAACAUUCAACAUCAUGUCGCCCGUAGUUCUCAGGUUGGGUUCAUAGAAGGAGGUUCAAUUGUUUAAAGAGGUGUUCGGUCCUUUGGUUCCGCUACGUUGUUUUAUGGUUUUAGAAAAUGGUGAGAGAGUCAGCGGAAGCCCGAGGGCGCGAUUAUACAGACUCUACUAGGUGUAGAAAAUACUACUAGCAUGUUUUAUCUUUAAGAAA